UUCCGGGUGCGGGAGCCGGGAUGUGCGUCCGGGUUGGGUUGGCUCCGCUGCGCGGUUUCCUCCCGCCUCCCGGUCUCCGAGACGGAGCCGCAGCCGCUCAGCCUGCAGCGGCCCCCCAGCUUCCCAGGACCAGCGCCUCCGAGCGGAUUUGGAAGAUAAAAUUCAUGCUCCUGAAGUAACUAGAGGUUCUCAGCUGCAGAGAUGUUGGAGGAGGAUAUGGAAGUGGCCAUCAAGGUGGUGGUGGUAGGAAAUGGAGCAGUUGGGAAGUCCAGUAUGAUUCAGAGAUAUUGCAAAGGAAUUUUUACAAAAGACUACAAGAAAACUAUUGGAGUAGAUUUCUUGGAGAGACAAAUUCAAGUUAAUGAUGAAGAUGUCAGGCUGAUGUUGUGGGACACAGCAGGUCAAGAGGAGUUUGAUGCAAUAACUAAGGCCUAUUAUAGAGGAGCCCAGGCUUGUGUGCUUGUAUUUUCUACUACUGACAGGGAUUCUUUUGAAACAAUCCCCACCUGGAAGGAGAAAGUUGUGGCUGAAGUUGGAGACAUCCCCACGGUGCUUGUACAGAAUAAGAUUGACCUCCUGGAUGAUUCUUGUAUAAAGAAUGAAGAGGCAGAAGCAUUGGCAAAAAAGUUGAAGUUAAGAUUCUACCGAGCAUCAGUGAAAGAGGACUUAAAUGUAACUGAAGUUUUUAAAUAUUUGGCUGAAAAAUAUCUUCAAAGACUCAAACAACAAACAGCUGAAGAUCCAGAUGUAGUACAUACAAGUAGUAACAAAAUUGGUGUUUUUAAUACAGCUGGUGGAAGUCAUUCGGGCCACAAUUCUAGCACACUUAAUGGUGGAGAUGUCAUCAACCUUAGACCGAACAAACAGAGGACCAAGAAAAACAGAAGUCCUUUUAGCAGUUGCAACAUACCUUAGAACCACUUUUGGAAGGAAAAAGAAUGACAGUCAUUUGGAGGAAGCUGUGCAAUUAAAUACGGAAUACAGCCAGCUAUAGAGGUAUUUUACCAGUGAUCUAGCAAACCUUGCACCUACAGGAUCCUUUAUAGAUGGUGGAUUUAAAUAAUAUUGCUGUUGCAAUAUUUAUUUUGUAUGUAAAGUGAGACCCCGGUGGCAAAAAAAAAAAAAAAAAAAAAAAUAGAACAAUUAUUGUCCCUAUGCGUGUGUUUUUUGUUUUUGUUUUUUUAAAUUGGAUGAGUUUUCCUGUUUGAAGGAAUGAUGUACAAAGCUAUGUAAUAGGUUUGGCUGAAUGAUUAAGCAUAUUAAAAAAGUAAGCAUAGUGCUUACAAGUAUCGGUACAUAAUAACAAGAUCCAAGGUGAAGUAGCUUCCUUCCAAUUACAUUUACCUGCAAAUUUGAUAGCAGAGUGGUAGUCAACCAGGACUCUGAAAAGUAAAAUGAGAAGCAAAAGGCAGACAUCAUAUUUGUCAGAUUACACUAAUACAUAUUCUGGCAAUUUUAUUGGUGCAAUAACUUUGUAUAUUAUAUGAAUGUUAAGUAAGGCGUGCACGUAGAUAUUUGUUACAAGUACUCAGACACACGAGAGGAUACAGUAUUGGAUUAAAAUAGCAUCCUUAAAUUUUUUUUCACUUCUUAAAAUUUUGCAUUUCAAACGAGGCUUCUGUUCAUUAAUUAAUUAACUCGCUACGCUUUUUGGGCCUUAUAGCUUAUGUUUAAAAAGAGAUGUGCCAAAAACAUUUUUUCCUUUUUAUUUUGUAAUGCACUACAGAUAUUUUUGUAAAGUUUGUUUGUCAUAACAGGGUAAACAAGUAGUAUUGUUUCUGAUACUAUCAGUCAGCUAAAUGGAACCCAUAUGUUUUAAAUUGUAUUCCUGUCCAAAAAUAUAUUGCCGACAUCUAAUAUGUUCAUGUAGCAUGAACUUUGAAAAGUAUGUUGAAUUUGCAGGGUGGGAUGUCAACAAAAUGUCGUAAGUUCUAUUGAGAAAUUCCACGGUAGGUGUAAACUGUGUUCUGGAGGAUCCAAAAAGUUGUAGCUGAAGACUAAAUCACAGAUUAAACUAAUGAGACUCUCUUUAAUGCUGUUUCAUAUUCAGAGUUAUGCUGCUGGUUAAAAAUCUAAUUCUGCAAUAUCAGACCUAAGGGGUAAAGUUUUCAGAAGUGACUUAGGGCUUGCCUACACGGUGCACCAAUAUGUAUUAGAGGGGUGUGAUUCCUAAAGCACAUCAUGUUGCUCCUAAGUGACCCAUAUUCCUGCUAGCAUGAACUAGAAGUUCCCUAGUGUACAUUAACAUAGACAUCCAGUAGGGAACUUCUAGUUCAUGCCAGCAGGGUUUUCAUACGCAAGUUAGUGCACAGCACAUUGUUGCACUUUGGAAAUGACAUCACUCUAGUGUGCAUUGCCACACUAUGUGGACAUUCAGGCAUCUAAAUCUAAUUGAAAGUCAAUAGAACUUAGGCUUCUAAAUCACUAAGGUGCUUUUGAAAAUUUCACCCUGUUCUCUCUGAGCAUGCAUUUUAAAAAUAUCCAUUUUGUUUUUGUAUGGUGUCAUAUAAUUUUAAUUUUCUACGAUUUUCUAUAACAAAGCUCUGCUAGCAACAAAUGCAAAAAUAUUCUGCUUCAAGAUAUUUAGAAUUGUAAUAGUUUGUAAAUGGAUGCAUUAGAGUGAAAAUUACAUGACCUGGAGCUGUAAGUAUUCAAUAUAGAUUGCUACACAAUUCCUAUUGAUAACUGAUUUUCAUUAUAGCUUAAUGGGUUGGUUUAAUAGUUAUACUUUCAGUUUAGUUUCUUUCAUAAUUUUUCUACUCUUUCCCCCCAAUACCAUGGGAGAAUUUCUUGUCAAGUAAACAUAUAAUGCAGUAAAUCUGCACUGUUGUUAGUACAUGUUGGAGGAGGGACUUACCUUUUCAUUAAUUCAUAUAAUAAGCAUAAUUUGUUAAUUUCUGAGACCUGAAGCAUGAAAACUGAAAUGUACUCUUGGUCCACCAGUCUCACAUGUUGGUAAACUGUGUGCGUGGUGAUACUUACGACACUAAAUAAUCUGAAGUGCUGUGUUGUAUGUUAAUAUAUUAUAUUUCCGGUGAAGUAUCUUGUUUCUGUAACAAGCUGUUGCUGCAUCUCCCAUUGCUGGCAAUGAGAUGGGCAUCGAAGCUCUCAAUCCUCUCUUCUAUUAU